AUGGCAGACACACAAGAAGCUCCUAAGAAAGUCUUGAAGAAGACUAACAAAACUCCUAUCAAGAAGAAGCCUUCGACUCCUAAAGCAGAUACCUCUUCAGUACCGAGUGAAAAGCCAUCGGUUCCAAACACACCAACUGUCCCAAAAGAUACCAGCGAUGCCAAGAAAUUCGCACCUAAAUUACCAGCAACACCACCAGCUGACAAAAACAUACCACACCCUGAAGUGACAUCUCCUUCGCCAGCGCCAAAGUCCCAAAGCAAGCCAAAGAUCAAGAAAUUCAAAAAGGCAGUCGAAAACCCUGAGCCAGUUCCUGAGCCAGAGGAACAAGAGAAAGACGGCGAACAAGACGAUAACGACGAAUCUGAGAAGGAAGAGCCCCAGCCUGAGAAGCCAAAAUCUAAGUCGAAGAAAUUUUCAAAGUCUAAGAAAUCUGAGCCUGAGCCUCAACCUGAGCAAGACGAGCCAGAUCAUGACGAGGAAGCAGACAACGAGCCUGAACAAGAUGAAGAGCACGUUGAGCCUGAGCCAAAGAAGGAGGCCCCUCGGCCAAAGAAAUUUUCAAAAACCAAGAAACCUGAACCAAAGCCAGAGCCUGAAGAGCAAGAUCAGGAAUCUGAAGCCGAGGUUGAAGGUGAACAGGAAGAGCCAGAGAAGGUAGAACAAAAGGAGGAAGCACCUCGACCAAAGAAAUUUUCAAAGACCAAAAAGUCUCAACCCAAGCCGGAAACCCAAGGUCAAAACGAAGAAUCCGAGGGUGAGGCUGAACAAGAAGAACCAAUCAAGGCAAAUAAGAAGGAGGAACAUGAUGAAGGCAUCGAAAUGGCAGAUGGUGAGGAAGACGGGGAAGAUAAUGAAGAUGAAGCCGAAAAUGAGGGCGAAGUAGAUCACGAUUCCGAUGUUCAAGAUGACGAGGAACAAGAUGUCAGCGAGGAAGAAGAGGAUGAAGAGGAAGGAGAUGAUCAAGAUGAGGAAAAUGAAGAAGAAGAGGAGGAGGAAAAUGAAUUGGCUGAAGCUAUUCCCGAUGUCCAACCAGAUGUUAUUACCUCAGCACCUCCUAUCCCAGACGACUUCAAGGAAAGCAUCGAGCCUCUCAAGUCAGUAACUAAGUCUGAGCCUACUAAGCAAGUUACAAAGUCUGUCGAAGACGCAAAAGACUCGGUCCCUGAGCCUGCAAAGGAAGCUGCUAAACGACCAAAGAAAUUCCUAAGCAAGGCUUCCAAGGCUGCCCAAAAAGCCCAAGGCCAAGUCAAUGGUGUUGCGGAUGACAGCUCCAAGAAAGCUCAAGACACUGUCGAUAGUGCACCUGGCGCUGACCAAGUCAAGGAUACUGCAUCCGGCGUAACCGACAAAGCCAAAGAUACUGGAGACAAAGCAUCUAAAGCAUCCAAGGAAGGAGUUGAUAAAGUCAAGGAGACUACUGAAAAAGUUCCGGACGCUGAUCAAGCCACCAGUGCUGUUGAUGGUGCAACUUCCAAGGCUCAAGAUGCUGGAUCGAAGGUAAAGGACAAUGCUGAAAAGGCUACCAGUGAGGUCAAAAAUGCUACACAAGAAAAAACCGAUGAAGCAUCCAAGCUCGGCAAAGAUGCUAGUGACAAGGUCAAUGGAGUUGCGAGUGACUUAAAGGAAAAAUCCUCGGAUGCCACCGAUGGUGCCCAGGGUAAAGUCAAUGAUACCAAGUCAAAAGUCAAUGGAGUCGCCGGCGAUGCCGAAGACAAAGUUGGAAAUGCCAAAGAUGAUGCGCAAAAGAAACUUGGCGAUGCCAAAGACACUGCUGGAGAGAAGCUCGAUGGCGUUAAGGGCUCAACUGAAGAUGUCAAGGGUGGUUUACCGUCCACAGAUGAUGCCCAGAAACCUUUGGGUGAAAGUAGCGAAAAAGCUAAGGGCGCAUUGGGAGGAAUCCCUGGCACUGAUAAGGCUACCGAUGCUGUGAAUGGAGUCAAGGACCAAGCUGAGGGAGCGACAGAAAGUGCCAAGGACGUUCAAGUUAACAUUCCAAACAUCAAUGACAUUGUCGGUAAGAGUAUCUCUGUUAUCAAAGACGGCUACCUCUUUGAUGACCAAGGAAAUGUUAUUGGUCAAGCUACUUCCAACUUUUCAGGGAAGGCAAUUGGUUCUUUCAAAUCUAAGGAAUUGGAGGCCAAAGCAUCACAACAAGUCCAAUCUAUCGGCAACAUUGAGAAACCAAAACUCGAUGGACCAACAUCUGGAGAUGUAGGAUCUCUGGCCGGCACAUCAGGGCAAAAUGGGGAUGCUGCUGCUGCAAGUAGUCCAAGUGAAAUUUUCUUGGAUGUCAAGAGUACAAAUGAGGGGAUCAGUCUGCAAAUCAGAAUUCCUACUGCGUUUAUGAUGAGACCUGGGCAUUAG